UUACUGGCCCACGAUGGGGCCACUUUGUGCGAUGCCACCACUGCUGCUCCUGCUGCUCCUGGAGCUGCUGCACGAGGCCGGGCAGGGGCCCCCUGCGCCCUCCAUCCCCCGGCUCUGGGCUCAGCCCUGGGGGUCUCUGUCCCCUCUGGGGUGGCAGGUUCCAUCCCAGGUCACGAUCCCGCAGCGGCUGCCGGCAAACGUGAGCAGAGCGACGCGGCUGCAGCAGGACACGGUGUCCUACGUCCUGAGGAUCGAGGGGAGGCCCUACACCAUCCACCUGCAGCAGCAUGCCUUUUUAUCUGACGAUUUCCAGAUUCACGUGUCGGACGAGGAGGGCUCUUUGCCCCCUGACUCAGCCCACAUGGAGGGAGGCUGCCACUACUGGGGGUACAUCGAUGGCUUCCCCAGCUCAGCAGUGACCCUCAGCACCUGCUCGGGGCUCAGGGGUUUGCUGCAGUUUGAGAACGUCAGCUACGGGAUCGAGCCCCUGGACGAUUCCCCUGCUUUUGAGCACCUCGUGUAUCGAGUGAGCGAGGAGGACACAGCAGGUCCCUCCCUGGCCCACAGCCCCCCCGGGACAGGGCUGGGUGGGCUGGUGGCAGAGGAGACCUCAACCAAGGCCCAUGGGGGUGACGAGCUCCCCUCGGCCGCAGCACGAUCUCCCAAAUACCUCGCAGUGCACGUGGUUCUGGACAGGGCUUUGUACAACUAUAUGGGGUCAGACCCGAAUGCUGUCACACAGAAGAUAAUCCAGGCUUUCAAUUUAGUCAACAAUAUGUUUAAUCCCCUUAACGUCACCAUUGUGCUGUCCUCCCUGGAGCUGUGGGCAGAGGGAGAUAAAAUCCCGACAGCAGGGGACACAGAUGACCUUCUGCAGCGAUUCUUACGGUGGAAACAGCUGACUCUGGCACUGCAGGCUCAUGAUAUCGCUCUUCUCUUGGGGUACAGGGACCAAGGAGCUCCCGCGGGCACAGCGGCUCUGGGAAAGGCUUGUCAGAGAGAUGCUGCUGCUGCAGUGGCCCUGUGCCACGGGAAGGCGACGCUGGAGUCCUUCUCUGUGCUGCUGGCUCAGGUGCUGGGUCGCAGCCUGGGCAUGAGCUCUGACAGUCCCCGAGCCUGCGGCUGCUCCGGGCGCGUCUGCACCAUGAGCCCCGCGGCGCUGCAUUUCAGUGGGGCAAAAGCCUUUAGCAACUGCAGCGUUCGGGACUUUGAGACCUUCCUGAAGCAGGGCAGAGGCGUGUGCCUCUUCAGCAGACCCCGCCUGAGGCCCCUGUCCCCCCGGAGCGGGGCCGUCUGUGGCAAUGGUGUGGUGGAGCCGGGCGAGCAGUGCGACUGCGGGGCACCCCAGCAAUGCCUGCACGACAACUGCUGCACCUGGAGAUGUCAGCUUAUGCCAAAAGCGAAAUGUGCCUCUGGACCAUGUUGUAAAAAUUGCCAGUUCAGGAAGAAGAACUCUCUGUGCCGCCCCAUCUCUGACUCCCAGUGUGACCUGCCCGAGUUCUGCAGCGGCUCCUCGGGGUCCUGCCCGCCCGACGUGUACGUGCAGGACGGGCAGAGCUGCGAGCGCGGCACUGGCUACUGCUACCAGGGGCGCUGCCAGUCCCUGGACCUGCAGUGCCAGCGGCUCUACGGGAAAGAUUCAAAGAGUGCUCCUGUGGCCUGUUAUGAGGAGAUCAACAGCCAGCGGGACAGGUUUGGGCACUGUGGGUUCAAGACAGGCCGUGGGUACCAAGGCUGUUCUUGGAGGAACCUCAGGUGUGGGAAGUUGGUGUGCACGUACCCGUCCAGCAACCCCUUCCCCUCGGCUGCUGCCGCCGUGAUUUACGCCCGAGUGAGGAAGCAUUUGUGUGUCUCCAUGAGUUACCUGAAUGCAUCAGCACUGCUGGAUCCACUCCUGGUUCCACCAGGGACAAAAUGUGGCUCUGAAAGGGUGUGCAUCAACAACACGUGUCACCCCCGCUCGGUGCUGGGCUCCAGGUGUGACAGCCAGGUGAUGUGCCACGGCCACGGCGUGUGCAACAACAAGGGCAAUUGUCACUGCUACCGGGGCUGGAAGCCCCCCAGCUGCCAGAUCAGGGGCUCUGGGGGCAGCGUGGACAGCGGCUUCCAGCUGGUGGAGGGAGGCCUGCCCCUGCAGCGAGCCCUGGAGCACGGGGAGCUGGCCUGGCUGGUGCUGGGCUCCAGCCUCGCCCUGCUCAUCCUCGCCUCGGUCGUCGUCCUCGGCCUCAUCCUGUGGCAGCAGGAGCUGCUGGGCUGGUGCCAUGGGCAGCAACCGCGGGGCACAGAGGGGUCUCCCCACAGGGCCAGCCAGGACAUGGACAGGGAGCUGGAGCCAGACCCGGAGCUGAACCUGGAGCCGGAUGCACAGCUGGACCCAGAGCUGCAGACAGACCGAGAGCUGGACCCAGAGCUGAAGGCAGACGUGGGCCCAGCCCUGGAGCUGAAGCAGCACCACGGGCACUAAUUAAAGGUGUUGGGCAAAGCCAGUGCUGUGGCCGGAGUCCCGUGGUUUUAUGCUUA